CGGGGCUGAGGGGCAGUGCUUGUGACUGCGCGAGGGGUCCGGCUGCCUUGUCAGCCAGGUGGGGACGGGUGCAUGUGGGCGCUGCGCUCCCUACUGCGUCCUGUCAGCCUGCGCACCAUGUCGCAGGGUUCGGCUCGUCGGCAGCGGCCUCCCAAAGACCCGCUGCGACACUUGCGCACGCGGGAGAAGCGUGGCCCGUCCUGGGGACCCGGGGGCCCGAGCACUGUGUACCUGCAGGUGGUGGCGGCGGGUGGCCGGGAUGCAGGCGCCGCUCUCUACGUGUUCUCUGAGUUCAACAGGUACCUCUUUAACUGCGGAGAAGGUGUCCAGCGACUUAUGCAGGAACACAAGCUGAAAGUUGCUCGCUUGGACAACAUAUUUCUGACACGAAUGCAUUGGUCAAAUGUUGGGGGGUUGUGUGGAAUGAUUCUAACUUUAAAGGAAACUGGGCUUCCAAAAUGUGUUCUUUCUGGACCUCCACAACUGGAAAAAUAUCUAGAAGCAAUCAAAAUAUUUUCUGGUCCUUUGAAAGGAAUAGACCUAGCUGUGCGGCCACACUCUGCACCAGAGUACAAGGAUGAGACCAUGACUGUUCACCAGGUCCCUAUCCACAGUGAACGGAGGUAUGGCAGACAGCAGCCCCUGCAGAGCCCAAAAAGGUCUCCCAAUAGGCUCAGUCCAGAACAGUCAUCAUCAGACUCUGCGUCAACUGAUACAUCAGCUGAAAAUGGGGAGCACCAUCCAGAUGGCAGCAGUGCAGGUACCAACAGGAAAGCAAGUGGCAGGGACCCUUCCUUAGUGGUGGCUUUUAUAUGCAAGCUUCACAUGAGGAAAGGAAACUUCUUGGUGCUCAAAGCAAAGGAGCUGGGCCUUCCUGUUGGGACGGCCGCCAUUGCACCCAUCAUUGCUGCUGUCAAGAAUGGGGAGAGUAUCACUCACGAAGGAAGGGAGAUCACCCCUGAAGAGCUUUGCACACCCCCAGAUCCUGGUCUUGCGUUUAUCGUGAUAGAAUGUCCUGAUGAAGGAUUCAUCCAGCCCAUCUGUGAGAAUGACAACUUUAAAAGGUACCAGGGAGAGGCUGAUGCCCCCGUGGCCCUGGUGGUCCAUAUUGCCCCAGAUUCUGUACUCACUGACACCAGGUACCAGCAGUGGAUGGAGAGGUUCGGACCUGACACCCAGCACCUGAUUCUGAAUGAAACUUGUUCAUCGGUUCACAACCUCCGCAGCCACAAGAUCCAAACUCAGCUCAACCUCAUCCACCCUGACAUCUUCCCCCUCCUCACUAGCUUCUACAAUAAGGUAGAGGAAGGCUCUGCCCUCAACAUGCCCAUAGUUCGGGGUGAAUGCCUCCUCAAGUAUCAGCUCCGCCCCAAGAGAGAGUGGCAGAGGGAUACCACACUCACCUAUAAUACUGAUGAAUUCAUAGCUGAGGCCUUGGAGCUCCCCAAUUUCCAGGAGAGUGUGCAGGAGUAUAAGAAGAGCGUGCAGGAAAGCCCAGCCCCAGAAGAGAAAAGAAGCCAGUAUCCUGAAAUUGUCUUCCUGGGUACGGGGUCUGCCAUCCCAAUGAAGAUCCGAAAUGUCAGUUCCACACUCAUCAACUUGAGCUCUGACAAGUCAGUGCUGUUGGACUGUGGAGAGGGCACUUUUGGGCAGCUGUGCCGCCAUUAUGGACAGCAAAUAGACAGAGUCCUGUGCAACCUCACUGCUGUGUUUGUGUCCCACCUGCACGCGGACCACCACACGGGCUUGCUGAAUAUCUUGCUGCAGAGAGAGCAUGCGCUGGAGUCUCUGGGGAAACCCUUCCAGCCUUUGCUGGUGGUGGCCCCUACCCAGCUCAGGCCCUGGCUGCAGCAAUAUCACAACCAGUGCCAGGAGAUUCUGCACCACAUCAGUAUGAUUCCUGCCAAAUGCCUUCAGAAAGGGGCAGAGGUCACUAGUCCCCAAAUUGAAAGGCUAAUCAGCUUGCUGUUGGAAACAUGUGACUUAAAAGAAUUUCAGACCUGCCUGGUACGGCACUGCAAACAUGCUUUCGGCUGUGCGCUGGUACACUCCUCUGGCUGGAAAGUGGUCUACUCGGGGGACACCAUGCCCUGUGAGGCGCUAGUCCAGAUGGGGAAAAAUGCCAAUCUCCUGAUACAUGAAGCCACUCUGGAGGAUGGCUUGGAAGAAGAAGCAGUGGAAAAGACACACAGUACAACCUCCCAGGCUAUUCAUGUGGGGAUGCGGAUGAAUGCUGAGUUCAUCAUGCUGAACCACUUCAGUCAGCGCUACGCCAAGAUCCCCCUCUUCAGCCCUGACUUCAAUGAGAAAGUUGGCAUCGCCUUUGACCACAUGAAGAUCUGCUUGGGAGACUUCCCAACAGUGCCCAAGCUGAUCCCCUCACUGAAGGCCCUGUUCGCCGAUGACAUUGAAGAGAUGGUAGAGCGGAAGGAGAAGCGGGAACUACGGCUGGUGCGAGCGGCCCUCCUGGCCCAGCAGGACAUGGAGCCCCAGCAGAAGCGGGCCGUCAUGGAGGAGCCGCACAGCCCACAGAGUAAGAAGGUCAGAACCCAGUGAAGGUCUAAGCCACCCUGGACUAAAGGCUGUGUACUUCUGCCCUGUGCGGAAGCCACAUCUUCUGUCAUCCUUGUGGGAGCCAGCGCACACAAUCUAGCUGGGAGGCAGCCUGGCAUCCGUAUGGAGUCCUCUAUGGCCAUGGCUGGGGGAGCACCUAUCCGUCAGGUGCCUCCCAUGCCUGGAGGAGAACACAGUGGCAGGACAGGAGGCCACACAGUGAAAGACAGCAAGCCAGUCUUGAAAGAAGCCAUGGAAAUUGAGGUGUUUGCCCUCACUCACUAGCACAGUGGUCUCUGCGUGCUAGAGACAAGCCACGAUACAGGUGAAAUUGGGUGUAUGUGUCCCAGGCUUCAAGAAUAUAGUAUUUCCAAGGACUCAGACUCAAUAAAGCUCAAGUUUGGAAUCCUGAGUUCUGUGGCUUCAUCAUGGUACUGCUUCAGUGUGGGGUCUUCUAUGGGCUGGGUUACCCAGUGUGCCCUGCGUGCUCCAGUGGCUGCAAGGAUCCGUGGAGCCUUUUCUCUUGCCCCAUGAUGAGAAUGAAAAGCACUAUGAAAGUAGGAAGAAAUGCCACCUUGGCCUAGAUGCCCUGUUGGAUCUGAAAACAGGUUAGUGACUGGAACUUGGACAGAUGUUCAAAGUCGACUCUAAUGUUUAUAUUCCCCCCCACCCACCCAGGAAAGCACGGGAAGCACCAUAGACAAUCGAGUGUGAGACAGCAAGCACUCGGCCCUCCUUCCCUGGUGGCGAUCUUCAGACUUCCUCCCGGGGCAGUACUGGGUGUUGUCACUGCCCAGCCACCUCUACUGAAACAAGACCAUGUGCCAAGCUCAGGGAUAAUAAAUCUAUUUUAAUAACAUUA